UAAAUAGUUAAUCAAUAUUAUAUUUAGCAUUAUCCUUUACUUAAUGGAUAUUUUAAAAAGAAAAGAUAGCGUUCCAAAUACUGAUGAUAUAUCUCAAACACAUAAAUAUCUAUCAAGAAUUGUCUCAACUAUUGGUGGAAUUGUUGCAAUUGUAUUGGGAUUUUGGGUGGCAUUUACAUUAUCUGCAAAAUGUGUUGUGGCUGGACUAACCUUAGUAUUAUCCGGUAUUAUAAUAGUAACUCUGGAAGCUCCAGUCUUGUAUUGCAUGCGGAUAAGCUUCCUGGAAAAGAUGAUAGUGUUUUGUGAUAGCAAACCUUAUUGGUUAAAGACCUUCUUAUACUUUGGGCUGGCUCUACCACCUAUCCUUAUAUGCCCCGGAAUUACAACGAUCGGUGCUUCCUUGUUCAUAUUCAUUUCUUCGGCCUUGUAUGGUUCCAUGGCCCUUGGCAAAAAAGCCAAAAGAGAAGAGAUGAUAUCUAAAAUGGGUGCGACUCAAGGGAAUAAACCGAAUCUAACACUGCAUACCCCGGCAUAAGCAUCGUCAUAAAAAAAUAAAUAUUAAAUAAUGCCAAGAAAAUAUUUUUCUUCUAAAAUCUCAUUUAUAAAAUGUCAAUCACAAUCAAACCUAUAAUACUUCAUACCAAAUAUAUUCAAUGACCAAAUAUUAUUUUUAUUAAAUAAUAUAAAUAGAUCUAGACACGUUUUUAAACAUAAUUAAUGUCAAUUUAGAUGUUGUUCAAUUAAUUUUUACACUUUUUAAAUAUAUAUUUUUUUAAAUUCAUAAUAAUAAGUAUUCUAUCAUAAAGACCAAAUUAUUGAAAAAUUUAUAAAUUUAAAUUGUUACUCAUUACCUUUAAUUUAUAGUUUCUUUAAAAAAUAUAACUCAUUUUGAGCUAAAUCAAAAUAUUUUUAUUAAUUUUUUUUCUUAUAAUUAUAUAAAAAAUUUUUUUUUACAAUGAACCA